GAUACGUGGGAUGGUUUCGUAAGAUGUACACUUCGACUGAUGUAAAGGGUGUUUUGAGGGGACAGUGCCGUUAUGAGAACUCAUGCGAGUGCGACGGCUACACGAGAUCGCUCACGGACGGCGGACAGCCGGGCGCGCCGUAUCAAGCGGCAUGGUGCGCGUACUGCGGACAUAGCCCCGUGAACCACGUCCGACUAGGGCCGAGUCAACCAUCAACAUCCGCAGCAACACUGACAGCUCAAGGAGAAGCACCUGCAAACCUCGCUACUGGUUCCAGUGCACAAAGUCUGUGCAACAUUGACGAGGAGAAUGAGCCAAGUUUGGCCGCUACCCAGCGUGCAGAGAGACCAGGAGGGAGAGAUGAAACUGGAAACAUCGCCUUGUCACAGCAAGCGAGUACAUCUGAGACAAGUACAUCUGAGACACAAGUGGAAAAGGAACUGCGUUCUCUGACUGGCCAGCAUGUAUGUUCUCAGUGUGGCUUCUUUUGCACUGCAUUCAGCACAUUUGCUAGCCACACAAAAACCCACCGAGGUGUAAAUGUGAUGUUUGUUUGCUCAAUGUGCAACUCUCACUUUGCUUACCUGACACACUACCAGCAGCAUCAUAAGGUGUGCCGAAAAAAGUGGACAGAUCAGAGCAAUCUAAGGCAAGAAAGUUGCAGCAAUGAGGAAGAAGGUAAUGUUCAGCUAACAUCUGAAGAUACUUGUGAAACUGAUAAGGGAGCUAUAGUGUCUAAAUGCUGA